CACACUAACAUGUUUUAAUACCUGUUUUACAUGUCUGACCAUCUCCCUUUUUCAUUUCUCAGCCAUGGAAAUGCAUCUUCUCAUGUGUUUGGCCGCCGCUACACUAUUGCCAGUUUGUCAUGGGUGUUCAACAGGAAAGGGGUUCAUCACAACAUUUCUUCCAAAUUACCAAGAAUCUGCCUUCUGGCAGAGAUUCUUUUAUGAAAAUGACCAUAAACUUGAAGUAGUUCUGACAGCUUUGGGCUCUGCCGCCGAUGUCCACAUUCAGGUGGCUUCUGUGGACUUCUCCACGAAGCUGACCCUGUCCGCAGGUGAAACCCGUUGGGUUCGUCUACCGCUUGGAGCAGAGCUGCAGCAGCAACUCGUUAACCAAAAGUCAGCGGUUCGAAUUUCAUCCAGUGCUGACAUCUCUGUGGUCUCUUUCAACCGACGCCACAAAACAGGCGACGGAACGGUGGUUUCUCCAACCACAGCGCUCGGUACAGAGUACCUAGUAUUCACGCCGCGGGGAGGCUCAAGUGACAUGGACAAGCUCCUGGCUAUCGUUAAUGGCGAAAGCCCGAACCCCAUCACCAUCUUGCCUAGUGCUGACGUGAGGCUACGCGGUGGGGGGCGUUGGCAAAGUGGGAAGCCAGUCAUCUUUACCCUCGCACCUUAUGCGUCCUACCUUAUAAAGAGUCACAACACUUGGACAGGCCUCGUUCGGUCCAAAUAUGCUAUGGCGAUCAUAGCGGGUCACCAGUGCCUGUCAAUGGGUUCGGGAUGCGAACACGUCUAUGAACAGCUCCCCCCAGUGGCCAGUCUGGGUAAGGACUACAUGGUGCCCAGGACAGGAAGCUGCCGGGCCACAAACUGGGCAGUGAUCGUAGCGGCAGAAGACAACACGGAGCUCACACUGCACAGGGGCCAUCGUUCAGCGCACAAACAGACGCUGAAGACAGCUGGACUCGUCAGCUUCCAGAAAUUGAUCAACAAACAUCCUCUAGUUGUCAAAAGCAACAAGAAAGUCAUGGCGCUCCUCCUUAGCAACAAUAAACCACAUGACCCAUUUCUGAUGUCACUGACCCCCACCUCUAAGCUGUCCAAUGACUGGGCCGUGGAGACAGUGGAUGGGCUCUCCAACACUGUGGCCAUUUUGUCAGAGAGAGAGGGCUCGUCAAGUGUGAAAGUGUGCCUGAAAGGGCAUUGCUUGUCGCCUCGGUGGAAUAACUUAAUUUCAGAUCAACAGUGGGUGUGGUCUAAUGUGGCGGUGGGGGCAGAGCAGAGUCAUGUGACAGUGGAAGGGGACGCACGUAUAGCUGUCUAUGUCUAUGGUGGCAAAAGUCGGCAUGCGUAUGGAACUGCUGGAGUUUGCUCUGCAGGAACCCCUCCUCCUACACUCCCUAAGGAUCCCUGUGAGGACGUCAAAUGCCGACAAAUGGAAGACUGUGUGGAUGGAAGAUGUGUGCAUGUGUCCACAGCAACCUGUCAUGCCCUUGGGGACCCCCACUACUUGACAUUUGAUGGCAGAAGUUAUGACUUCCAGGGUUCCUGCACUUACAUUAUGGCAACGGUUGAAGAGAAGGCGCCGGGCCUUUUGCCUUUCACCGUGUCCACUAAGAAUAACCACCGAGGUAAUCGGCGGGUUUCCUUUGUGAGGACCAUCACCGUCACUGUUCACGGGCAUACGAUUAUCAUUGGCAGACACAGAAAACAAGUCCAGGUAAAUGGUGAACUGCAGUAUUUACCAGUCAUCUUAUUAGAUGGGAAGAUCUCUGUGAAGUAUAGCGGGAUGUAUGCAGUUCUCAGAACUGACUUUGGUCUGACUGUGAAAUAUGAUUGGAACAUGAGGCUUUAUGUCACGGUGCCAUCGUCAUACUACAACCACCUUGGAGGCCUCUGCGGAAACUACAAUGGAGACAAAACAGAUGACUUGCCUGAGCCAAAAGGGUCUCGCCUCUCUGCUGUGCUGAAGAUGAUCCAGCAGUGGAAAAUAAAAGAUCCUGAUCCGUUCUGUCAUGAUAAUUGUGGUGGGCGCUGCCCCACGUGCUCACCGGAGAAGCAGGCCUACUUCCGCCACCCCAAACAAUGUGGGAUACUAACACAGGCAGAUGGACCGUUUUCAUCCUGUCACAAAGUGGUCAACCCGUCUUUAUACGUAGACAACUGUGUCUAUGAUGUCUGCAUCAAUAAGGGUGCAAGACAGAUUCUCUGUGAAAACCUGAAGAGUUAUAAUGAUGCCUGUCUCUCGGAGGGAGGAAAAGUCAAACCUGAGUGGAGAAUGGUCUCCAAAUGUCCUCUUUCCUGUCCAGCUGGCAGCCACUAUGAGGCAUGUGGGUCAGCGUGUCCUGCUUCCUGCGGGAUAACAGACAAUGAAAAGCAGUGCGCUGCGCCCUGUGGGGAGGGAUGCCAGUGUGAUGCAGGACUCGUGCUUAAUGGAGACAGAUGUGUUCCUCAAUCUAGCUGCGGGUGCCGGCAUCAGGGCAAAUAUUACCCAUCAGACACCGCUUUCUGGGCGGACAGCACUUGCACUACCAGGUGUCAGUGCAACAGUGGUAAUGUCAAGUGCACAUCUGUUACCUGCAAGAAGAAGGAGCACUGUGCCUUGAAAGGGGGCGUAAGAGACUGCUACCCAGUAUCCUAUGCCACAUGCCAGGCAGCUGGAGACCCCCACUACAGAAGCUUUGACAAUCGGCGCUUUGACUUCCAGGGCACUUGCACCUAUGUUCUAUCGCAACACACUGAGGGUUCAAACCAAGGCCUGCUUCCAUUCCAGGUGCUUGUCCAAAAUGAGAACAGAGGACGUAAUAAGCAAGUGUCUUAUGCCAAGUCUGUCUCUCUCACUGUGCUUGGCUACACGGUCAGCAUGAGUCGCGUCGACCAGGGGAACAUUCUGGUUAACAGCCGCUCCAUCAAUUUACCUUACAUCACAGAGGACGGCAUGCUUUCCAUCUUUCGUCAAGGUUACUUUGGAAUUGUGAAAACAAACUUUGGUCUGACUCUCAAGUUCAACUGGAACAGCCAUGUUAGCUUGACCCUUCCCAGUUCAUACUCCUCUGCUACAUCUGGAUUGUGUGGAAAUUACAAUGGGAAACCUGGUGAUGAUAUGCUGCAACCUGACGGCACGCAAGCAAAACAUGUUAAUGCAUUUGGCCAUAGCUGGAAGGCUGGAGGAGACUCCGGCUGCAUGAGUGACUGCCCUGAUAAUAAAUGUCCCGAGUGUGAGCCUGCGCUGCUUUUACGUUACCAGCAAGGGCGCUACUGUGGCAGAAUUGCUGACAAAUCUGGGCCUUUCGGAAAGUGUCACAACAAAGUUGACCACUCUGGCUUCCUGAAAGACUGCGUAUUUGAUUUGUGCAUGUACCAAGGUCAUGCUACCGCCUUAUGCAACAGCCUUUCGGCUUUCAGCACUUCUUGCCAGGAGGCCGGAGCUACAGUGGAGACUUGGAGAAGCGAGGAGUUUUGUCCUCCGCUAUGUGGUACAAACAGUCACUACGAAGUGUGUGCCCCGACUUGCCAGCUUACUUGCAGCGGUCUGACACCCCCUGAUGGAUGCGAUGAAAGCGCCCCCUGCACUGAGGGUUGUGUGUGUGACGAUGGAUUCGCGCUGAGCCAUGACAAGUGUGUUCCGCUAACAGAAUGCGGUUGUCAGUAUGAAGGCCAAUAUUAUCAACGUGGCCAGGUUUUUUAUCCCAGAGAAUCGUGUAACACUCAGUGUGUCUGUGGAGACAACGGACAAGUGCAAUGUAACCCCGAAUUUCGCUGUUCACAUCACGAAAAGUGCGUUGUGACAAACGGCGUGGCCUCAUGCACUCCCAAAAGUGUUGCUUCCUGUUCUGUUUUCGGAGUCGGAUCCGUUCUCUCUUUUGACGGGAAGGCAUAUCCUCUGCUGGGAAACUGCUUGUUCAAGUUGUCUGAGGUGGAGGCGGGAGAAAACAUGGCCCCUUUUUCAGUGUUGCUUCACCAAGUAAGCGACAAAGACGGCUAUUUUUCUCGUAGCGUGGAGCUCCAAGUGUAUGACAUUGAGAUCACCAUGGAGACUGGGAUUGUUUGGGAGAUUAAGGUGGAUGGCAUCAGAGUCUCCCUGCCUGCGUCACUGGCAGAUGGAAACGUGCAAGCGUAUCAGAAUGGCAUCAACAUCAUCAUCGAAACGGACUUUGAUCUAAAGCUGACUUAUGACGCCGUAGCGGGCAUCGUGUUACAGAUCCCAUCCACCUAUCAAGGCUUACCAUCUGGUCUCUGCGGCAACUAUAAUGGCCAGUCAUCAGAUGACCCGGCAUCGGAGGAAGCAAAGCCGGGAAGCACCUCCGAUUUCAUCGUAGAGAAGGAUGACGUCACCUGUGAGACGGGUUGCGGAGAUACUUCCUGUCCUGACCCGAAUGGACAAAAAACCCCAGAAGCUGAAAAGGCUUGCGACAUCAUCAGAGCUCGGCAGGGGCCGUUUUCAGGAUGCCACGCCACGGUGUCCCCGGUGCCUCACUUUGACGCUUGUGUCAGGGAAAUGUCCUCAGGAGAAAAAGACCAGGAGGUUCUGUGUCGUCACAUUCAGAAUUAUGUGGGCGCUUGCCAACUAGCCGGCACCAAGAUUAACAGAUGGAGGAGUGACACUUUCUGUCCUCUGAAGUGUCGAGCAGGGAGUCACUAUGAGCUGUGCUCCUCCUCCUGCUCGUCCACCUGUGCCUCUCUGGAAAGGUCAGCUCCCUGCCCAGUGUGCCAAGAGGGCUGCCAGUGUGACGAUGGACUCACGUCAGAUGGGGACCGUUGCGUGCCUGUGGAGCAAUGUGGCUGCGUAGUGGACGGGCACUAUUACAAGUCAAAUACCCCGAUAUUAAAGGAAGAUUGCUCUGAGCACUGCGUCUGCCAGUCUGGCCAGUUCAUCUGUAAACCCACAAGCUGCCAGGAGGGGGAAGAGUGCACCACCAAGGAUGGGAUUAUGGGUUGCUUCUCCACAGACCCCUGUGCUGAAGUUGUGUGCAGGGCAAAAGAGCACUGUGAGGUCUCAGAAGGUCAAGGAGUGUGCGUGCCCGAUGCCACUGUUCUAUGUUGGGCUUUUGGCGACCCGCAUUACACAACGUUUGAUGGCUGGAGUUUCUCUUUUCAAGGAACCUGCUCAUACGUUCUUGUCAAUACCACAGGUGCUGAUCCCUCCCUGCCAGAGGUAACUGUGACAACCAAAAAUGAGCUCCGUGGGAACUCUGAAGGCUCCUUUGUGCGUUCGGCCUCCGUGGAGUUGUUGGGCCGCACCAUCUCCAUUCCAAGGGAUGAAAGAGGCUUUGUGUUGGUGGAUAAUAUAAAGACUGGUCUCCCAGUCUUCUUAGACGGAGGCAGCAUUUCUAUAACCGAGUCAGGAGUAAGAGGCAUCCUGAUGAGCGAUAUUGGAGUAACUGUCACAUUUGACUGGUCUACACUGGUCAUGGUUUCCCUCAGCAGCAGCUAUUAUGGUAAUGUGGCUGGGCUCUGUGGUAACUAUAAUGGCAACAAGGACGAUGAGAUGACGAUUCACGGAGGAGCCACCGCAGUCAAUGUGACAGAGUGGGCGGGAACGUGGAGCGUCCCUGAUGGUGACCCAUUUUGUUACCAUUACUGCGAUGGCGUGUGUCCUCGGUGCUCUGAAGAGGACCGCUUAAGAUACACUGGUCCUCAAUUCUGUGGGAUCCUUGGCAAUAAAGAGGGUCCUUUUUCUCGCUGCCAUGCAAGUGUUCCAGUCGGGGAGCCUAUGUCAGACUGCUUGUACGACGUCUGUGUCAACGCAGGACGACAUGAAGUACUUUGUGAGUCCCUGAGCAAUUACCUUGCUGAGUGCCAGGAAGCUGGAGCAACCAUGUUGCCGUGGAGACAACUGGCCAAUUGCACUAUUGAAUGUCCAGCCAACAGCCAUUAUGAGGUGUGUGGCCCAGCCUGUCCAGCCAGUUGCGGUGCUCAGCCAGAGGUUUGCCACAAGGCCUGCGUUGAGGGCUGUUUCUGUGACCAGGGAUAUGUACUCAGCCGAAAUGGGUGUGUUGAAAAGGAGAAGGGCUGUGGUUGUAACCAUGAUGGCUACUAUUACCUGCCGGGUGAGGUGUUCUGGGCGGACUCAAAGUGUAAAGAACAAUGUGUGUGUGAUGCUGCGACACAAACGGUACAAUGUAAGCCAAAGGGAUGUCAAACUGGCGAACGGUGCCAAGUUGUGGAUGGAGUCCAGGACUGUUAUCCAAUCAGCUUCAAAACCUGCUCUGCACGUGGAGAUCCUCACUUCUACACCUUUGAUGGAUUAAAAUUUGACUUCCAAGGCAACUGCGUCUACCGGCUGGCCACUGUGUGUAAAAACGCUGACGGUCUUCAACACUUUGAGGUAAACCUGGAAAAUAACAAUCGUGGAAACAAAAGAGUUUCCUAUGCCAAAGUGGUGAUUGUAAAAGUCUUUGGAAACACAUACAAAUUCUCAGUGGACUCCCCAUAUAAAGUACUGGUGGAUGGGCUAAAAAACUCUCUGCCCUUCUCAUCCAAUCAAUCACUGGUUCAGGUUUAUCGUAGGUACAGGCUGGCUGUCCUUGAAACCACAUUUUUAAAGGUGUCUUUUAACUUUGCGAGUGCAGUCAGAGUGGAGUUGGCGACGAGUUAUCACGGGACUACGUGUGGGCUUUGUGGAAACUUUAACGAUAAUCCUGCUGAUGACUUGACGCUGCCCAAUGGGACGCCAGCUUCCAAUGCCAACGAGUUUGGAGUGAACCAGUGGGUGUCCAACCGGCCAGGAUGCUCUCAAGAAUGUAAGGACUGUGCCCAGCCCCCCGACCCUGACAUGAAACCACCAAGCUACACAUCAGUCUGUGACAUCAUCACGGCAGAGGAUGGGCCCCUGGCCGACUGCAUAGGCCGGGUGGAUUCCAAGCAGUUCCGUGAAGAUUGUGUCUAUGACAUGAUGUUGACUGACGGUAAACAGGAAGCUGCCUGUGACAUCAUCAGUGACUAUGUGGAAGAGUGUCAGCUGAAGGGAGGCUGUGUGAAGUCGUGGAGGACAAGGCAACUCUGCUGGAUGCAGUGUCCAGCCAACAGUAUGUACAGCGUCACAGCUCCUGGCUGUCCGCUCACCUGCACAUCUCUAUCGGCACCUGUUGAGUGUAAAACUCCACCCAGUGAGGGUUGCAUGUGUAUCCCCGGUUAUUUUUUGAGCCAGGGUCGCUGCAUGCCACUAGCUGAGUGCGGGUGCCGCUUCCGAGGUCACUACAUUGAGUCAGAUGAGGCAUUCAAGCCAGACUGCCAUCAGCUGUGUGCAUGCCAAGGAGGGGUGGUGUCCUGUAGGAGGAUGCCCUGCCGAAAACCUCAGAUGUGUGGAGUUGUCGAGGGGUCACUGGGCUGCUAUGACAUCAGGCAGUUAUCACUCAGCCAUCGUGAGAAAAAAUGAUUCAUCUCACGCAGAACUUUUUCAGUGACCAUAAGACAGUUUUGGGUGGGUUAAUUAGUAGGCUAGACUAAUAUAACUUUUACAAUUUGUAAAAUUACCGCUAUUCUUAUUUGGAUGAUUAAAUAAUUCAGACUUUCUUAAAUGAUGAAAGUAUUCCUUCACCUUCGAUGUGAUAAAUGAAUGACGACUCAUUUCUAUUAAUUGCAUUUAAGACCCAUGUGGUAAGUGAAAACACAUGUUUGAGCUCCCAUACUUUGAAAAUUAAUCUGUUAAAAUCUGAUCCAUUCAGUUUCUCUUCUCAAUAUUAAAUACAUUUGUGCAGCAUUUGUGGCGUGCUUGUGAUCUAUAUUCAACUUGCAGAUAGCUGGAUCUGUCGUGUGGACCAUGAACAGCAUUGU